GCACACUCAGAGGCGAUAAAACGUAGUCCGUAGAGAAUAAAUUGCAAAAGCGCUAGCCGCCCAGACGCACCACUCUAGACUCUCUGUCUUUCUCUCAGUGUGGCUCUAGCAUGGACGACUCUGCCGCAUUAAAACCAGAGGCGCCUCCGACGCAAACGCCGGCGCCGUCGUUGUCAUCUCUGCGUCGCAGGCACUCGAUCUCUACGUCGGUGGUGGUUCCCGCGAAGCUCGCCCUCCUCUCCAGCACCACCAAAACCAUUUACGGCUCCAACAGCCUCCCACAUCAGAACGGGGUGGCGCCACCGCAGCUGGACUUAGACCUGGUCUCCACCACUCUAAAGUCCUGUCCUGCUUACACCUCCCUCAAAGACCUCCUCCCCGCCUCCGCCGCUGGAAUCGGGUCCCCCACCGCCGCCGCCGCCGCCUCCUCCGGGUACGAGAUCUCGAUCCGCAACCGCCUGGUCAAACAGGCCGCCUGGGCCUACCUCCAGCCCAUGUCCUCCUCCCCUGGCUCCUCCGGCCCAACCCACUUUUUCCGCCGCCUCUGCCUCCGCCUCUCCUCCUGCCUCGCCUACCUCACACAACUCCUCCAUCGGAUCCUCCACGCCUGUCUGGCCACCGUGAGCAGAUAACGAAGACCCUCUCAUGCCCUUGUAUUGUGUGUGCGUGAAUGUGGUUUGACAGAAUAGGUUUCACUUUUUCUAGCCUUUAAAAUUUACAAUGUUCGAAUAGUAGAAAAGGAGAGAUGUGUAUUACAAGCAUCAGAGCAAAAGAAUGAAAUGAAUGAAUUCUUUGGUAUUUGUACAAUUCUGAUCAAUAGUGUGGUCUUGGGGCGCGCCUAAACUUUAGGUUGAACUUUUGGUUCCGGUGGGUUUCCGGGGAAGCUGGUGUGCCGGGGUCCGAGUCGUCCGGGAAUUCGUACUCCGCUUGGUUGUGGAGGUGGGCCUCGGAUUUUGGCGGCUCGGCCAUGAAGCGGUUGAUUGUGCUACCGGGAAGUGGAGGGGCGCUCGGAGCCGGAGGCCACUUGUUGUUGCUCUUGUCUGACUGACUGUCUUGCUUGGGCGGCGGACCGUUUGGGGGCGGCGGGGACGUGCCCGAAUCGUGAUGAUUGUGAUUGGUUCUCUGCAAAGGUUGGUUAAGUUGUGUUAUUAUGUAAAUCAAAAUACUGGUUUAUUUUAUCAAGGGAAACCUGGUUGUCAA